ACUAUUGCGGAGAUGAAGAGGGGAGGAGCGCAAAAAGAGAGAAAAGCUACCGACCAUAGUAAAUUCACUGCCCACAGUAGCUUUAUUAUCCAUCCUAGACUCACAACCCACUGAAGGGCGGGGUUUUUUCCUAGUAGCACCUGAAAAGAGGGGGGCGCCUAGUCAGAGGGCGUCUGCGCAGAUGCUCCUGCCGUUUUUUUUUUUUUUUUUUUGUUUUGUUUUUUUUAAUUUAGCAGAGCCAGAUGACCUGAAUCUGUCCAAGGCAGGGUGGCAGUUGCUGUUAGGAGUAGCCCCGGACGCCUGCAGAGCAACAGGAAUAUAGAGUCUGAGAGGGAACUGUGGUUAAUGUGGCACGGAAGGCCCCACCUCUCCUCAGGCUAGACUCAUUCAGGUGGAGGUGGCCGUGCGUGACUCACAGUCAUGGUACCGAGAAUCUCAUAUAAGAAGUAAAGGAGAAUUAAAAUUUUACCAAACAAAACAUGGCAAAAAUAAAAAACCUCACUUACUUCACCAAAACAUCUACUAAAGAACACAAAGCUAACAGAAAGAAUGAGGAGGAGGAAGAAGUAAUAGAGCCAGCAAGUGACUUGGAAGCAGGUAAACAGCUGCCAUUUAUUUAUGGAGAUGUUCCUCCAGAAAUGAUAUCAGAGCCCUUAGAAGACCUGGACCCAUACUACAGGGAUAAAAAUACCUUCUUAGUAUUGAAUGAAAGGAAAACAAUCUUCAGAUUCAAUGCCACUCCAGCCUUAAACAUUUUAACUCCUUUCAAUCUGAUUAGAAGACUAUCUAUUAAGGUUCUAGUAAAUUUCCUAUUCAAUAUGUUUAUCAUGAGUACUUUUGUGAUCAACUGUUUAUUUUUAACAAUGCAUACAUCUCCAACCUGGGCAAAGACUCUAAAUUUACCUUUCAUUGGACUAUAUACCUUUGAAGUACUUGUAAAAAUCUUGGCAAGAGGCUUUGUUAUAGGACCUUUCACAUUCCUAAAUGAUCCCUGGAACUGGUUUGAUGUUCCUAUUCUUACAAUGGCGUAUUUGUGCAUAUUUAUAAAUCUUUUCAAUGAUUCAGCUCUUGGAAUUUUCUCUGUAUUGAGAAUUGUGAAAGCUAUUUCUCUAACUACAGGCCCAAGAGCUGUUGUAGGGACAUUGACUCGGUCAGUGAAAAUGUUUUCUCAGAUAGUGAUCCUGAUUAUUUUUUGCCUGAGUGUCUUUGCUGUCAUGGGAAUGCAACUAUUUAUGGGCAAACUAAAACAGAAAUGUCUGCGAUGGCCUCGAGAAGAGGGAAAUAUCACUUAUAUGCCAUGGGACAAUGAAGACUAUUUUUAUUAUAUGGAACGACAAAAGGAUGCUCUACUUUGUGGUAAUGUUGCAUAUGCAGGAGAAUGUCCAGAAGGAUACAUGUGUGUGAAAGCUGGCAUGAAUCCUGAUCACAACUAUACAAGUUUUGAUAAUUUUAGCUGGGCUAUGUUGACCCUAUUUAGAUUAAUGACUUUGGACUACUGGGAAAAACUUUACCAACAGACCCUACGUGCUGCUGGGAAAACAUAUAUGAUAUUUUUUAUUGUUAUAAUUGUAUUCUGCUCCUUUUAUCUAAUGACUUUGGUCUUGGCUGUGGUCAUCUUGGCUUAUGAAAAACAUAAUCAAAUAACUAUUAAAGAAGCUAAGAAAAGAGAUAUAAAAUACCAGGCAUUGUUAUAUCGGCACAAAAGAGAAGGAAAAAAAGCUCAGACAAUGGUAGCAGAAAGAAUACCUGAAGAUGAAAUAAUUAUUGAAGAUCAAAAUAUAGGAUUUUCAGAAAAUUUUUCUGGAAUAUCGCAAUAUAUCUCAAAUGAUAAUGGGAGAGCAGAUGAAAGAAAGAAAAAGUAUCAGGAGGACCAGCUUGAUGGAGAAGAAAAAGAAAUUGAUCUAAAAUUACAUCGAUUUGAAACAAAAGACUACAUCAGAAGAAAAAUUUGUCAUCAUGCCAUUAAAAAGCAGAGACUAACAGAUAAAAGCAAAUUAUCUUCUCCCCAGAAGGGAAUCACUGCAAGGACAGACCAGAAGGAAGGACACAAAAAUUCUUGCUAUGAUUCUAUCAAUAUAUUGGAUGAUCCAACUAUCAGACAAAGAGUAAUAAGAAGAACCAAUGUGUUAAACGUGAUGGAAAGACUUCAUGACUCCAGACCUACAUGUACAAAUUGGUGGCAUAAAUUUUGCAGCACAUAUAUGAUCUGGAAUUGCUCUCCACCUUGCUUAAAAUUCAAAGAAUGUGUCUAUAACAUUGUUAUGGAUCCAUUUUUUGAACUGGCCAUUGCAAUCUGUGUCAUUAUUAACAUAAUUUUUAUGGCCAUGGAUCAUUAUCCAAUGACUGAGAAAUUCUACAAUAAGCUCUCAGUGGGAAACCUGGUCUUUACUGUGAUCUACUCAGUUGAAAUGUUUUUGAAGAUAAUUGCUCUACAUCCAUAUAAUUAUUUUAAAACAGACUGGAAUAUAUUGGAUAGUUUUAUUGUUUUACUUGCUUUGGCAGAAUUGUAUAUAACAAAGAUUCAUGGUUUAUCAUUUCUCAGAUCAUUCAGACUGCUCCGUGUUUUCAAAGUGGCAAAAUAUUGGUCAACAUGUGAAAGGAUGUUAAAGAUGAUUGUUUAUUCUGUGGAGGUCUUUAUAGGCUUGUUUUUGGUGGUGUUCAUUACCUUAUUCAUUUUUGCGGUGGUUGGUAUGCAGCAAUUUGGUGAAAGCUACGAACAACAUUUCUUCAAAAGUGUUGACCAUCCACUUUUACGUUGGCACAUGCAUGACUUCCUCCAUGCCUUCUUCAUGAUGUUCCGAGUACUUUGUGGUGAAUGGAUAGAGCCUAUGUGGGACUGUAUGGCUAUAGCAAGUGAAAGCAAAUGCCUUGUCUUUUUUGUGAUGAUGGUUAUUAUUGGAAAAAUUCUGUUACUUAUCCUGUUUGUGGCUUUGUUGAGCUCAUUUAGUUCAGAGAACUUUGCAGCAAUUCAAGUGAGCUCUGAAUCCAAUAAUCUGAAACUUGCAAUGGCAAAGAUUCAAAAAGGCUUACAUUAUGCAAAACGAACUUUAUUUGACCUCAUUGCAAAAGGGUUUUCUGAGAAGACAAUUUCAAAUUAUAUCAAAGGAAAGGAAAAUUUAAAUAUGAAGAAGAAUGUCACAUCCAACCAUACAGUUAAUGACAUGAACAAAAAUUUCCAGAAAUAUGAAAAUAGAAUUGAUAGUAUUGGAAUCAGCUUGGAGAAAUAUGUCAAAAACAAAAGUGAUUCUUCUUCACUUAUUCCUAAUCCUAGUUUCUCAGGACCAGCACCAAUUGCUUUAACAGAAUCUGAUCUUGAAAAUGUCUGUUCCACCAAAGAAUUUAAGAAUGGAUUGGACACUGAAAGUAGCAAAGAGAGCUUCAACCAAAAUAGUUUCUUUGAAGAUAGCAUGGCUCCCAUCCUUGCAUCUGGGGAAGGUGAAAAAGUAAUGGAUAAACCUCUGAAAUCAGAUGAACCAGGUGCCUGCUUUACAUAUGGUUGCAUAAGAAGAUUCCCUUACUGUGAGGCCAAUGUGAACUCUAGAAAAGGAAAGAUUUGGUGGAAUAUAAGGAAAACCUGCUAUCGGACAGUAAAACACGGGUGCUUUGAAAUUUCCAUAAUUCUCAUCAUCUGGCUCAGCUCUGUUGCUUUGAUUUUUGAAGAUAUUUACAUCGAGAAGAGAAAGACUAUCAAGAUUAUUCUAGAAUAUGGUGACAUGAUCUUUACUUAUAUCUUCAUUUUAGAGAUGUUUCUAAAGUGGAUGGCUUAUGGAUACAAAACAUAUUUUAGUAACAUCUGGUGCUGGCUGGAAUUCUUGAUUGUUAAUGUCUCAUUGUUUAGUUCAGUAGCCAGUUAUCUAGGAUACCCAAAAUUUGCUGCUCUAAAAUCUCUUCGGGCACUAAGAAUCUUAUCUGUAUAUGAAGAAGUAAGGGUGGUUUUGUAUGUUUUUUUAAAAGCAGUUCCAUCCAUUCUUAAAGCACUUCUGGUCUGCCUUAUGUGUUGGCUGUUUUUUAGCCUAAAGGGAGUGAACUUGUUUGCUGGCAAGUUCUUCAAAUGUGUUAACACCACAACUGGUGAAAGACUUUCUAGGACUAUUGUCACCAAUUUUUCUGACUGUGGGAUGAUUAUCAACAGUGGUGGAGAUGUGCAAUGGAAGAAUGGAAAAGUCAAUUUUGACAAUGUUGGAAAUGGUUACCUUUCACUCCUUCAAUUAGCCACAUUUCAAGGAUGGCUGGGUAUCAUAUAUGCAGCUAUUGAUACGUUUGAUGUGGAAAGUCAGCCUCAGUAUGAGAACAAUCUCUAUGUAUAUUUUUACUUUAUCAACUUUAUUAUCUUUGGGUUAUUCUUUCCCUUGGUCUUCUUCAUUAGUGUUGUAAUGAAUCAUUUCAAACAACAGAUAAAGAUUGGUGGCCUAGGUAUCCUCAUGACAAAGAAUCAGAAGAAAUAUUACAAUUUGAUGAAAAACUUGGGGCAUGGGAAACUCCAAAAGUCAAUACCUCGGCCAAAGAACAAAUUUCAGGAAUGUGUAUUUGACCUAGUCAACAAAGAUGCCUUUGAGAUCAUCAUUGUAGUACUCAUCUGUCUUAACAUGGUGACCAUGAUGGUGGAAACAGAUAACCAGAAUGCCUAUACAAGAAACAUUUUGUAUCAGAUCAACCUAGUGUUCAUUGGCCUCUUUGCAGUGGAAUGUGUGCUCAAACUCAUUGGCCUUCGCCAAUACUACUUUACCAUAGGCUGGAACAUCUUUGAUUUCCUGGUGCUCCAUCUCUCCAUUAUGGUUGUAUUACAACUUCAGUUGACAGACAAAUAUUUCCUGACCUAUGCCCAGAUGCAAGUAAUUCGUCUCAUCAGGUGUGGCCGAGUCCUGAAUUUCAUUAAAAGAACCAAGAGCAUAGGUGUGCUAAUCCAUGCUCUGAUGCUGUCCCUUCCUACUUUGUUGAAUAUUGUGCUUUUGCUUCUCUUAGUUAUGUUUAUCUAUGCUAUCCUUGGAAUGUUUCACUUUGCCUAUGUUAAAAAGGAUGCAGGAAUUAAUGACAUGUUCAACUUUGAAACCUUUAGCAACAGUAUACUUUGCCUCUUCCAAAUUACCACAUUUGCUGGGUGGGAUGGCCUGCUAGAACCAAUUCUUAACACAGGCCCACCAGACUGUGACCCUGAAAAAAUUCACCCAGGAAGUUCUGUGAAAGGAGAUUGUGGAAAUCCCUUGUUGGGGAUUUUAUAUUUUGUGAGUUAUAUUAUUGUAUCCUUUCUGAUGCUUGUAAACAUGUUUGUGGUUGUUAUCCUGGAGAUUUGCAGUGUUGUAACUGAAGAAAAUGCUCAUGCUCUGAGUGAGGAUGCUUUUGACAAUUUUUAUGAGAUUUGGAAGCAGUUUGAUCCCAGUUCUACCCAUUUCAUACACUACAGUCAGCUUUCUGAAUUUGCUGCUUCACUGGAUCCACCUCUUUUUAUAGCAAAACCAAACAAAAUUCAGCUCAUAGCCAUGGAUCUGCCCAUAGUCAGAGGUGAUCGAGUUUUCUGUGCAGAUGUGUUAAUUGCUUUUACAAAGUAUGCUAUGGGAGAAAAUAUAGAGUUUGACUGCCUCCAUUUACCAAUGCGUAAGCAGUUUCUAUCAUCUUGUAUUUUUGAAAUUUCUUAUGAACCAGUUACAACUACUCUAAAACGAAAACAAGAGGAGGUAUCAGCUUUUGUUAUUCAGCGUGCUUUUCGACGUUUCCGCCUAAAGCAAAAUGUGUUAAACAUAUAUAAUGUCAAAAAUGAAAAAAGGGAGAAGCUAGCUGUUAAAGAAGACAUAGUAUUUGAUAAUGUUAAUGAGAAUUCAUCUCUAGAGAAAGUAGGUGAUCUGAACCCUUCUUCCAGUCCCAUACCUUUGAAUAGUGGGAUAGAACAAGACACAGAGAAACAUGAAACAGACCAAAAAGAAAAGGAAGACACAGGCAAAACUGACAGGGAAAAGAGAAAAUAGGAAUUCCAUUUUGAAAAUAAUUGGUUACAAUAUAUAAAAGAGACACACCAACAAACAAAAAAACAAAACAUGUUAAUUCUUCUAACAGUGUAGAAACUUCAUUGAAUAACUGUGAGUUAGUAUUAAAAGAACUUUGGUAAGUGUUGGUCUAUUUGCACUGAUUUACAUAUGGUCAGAAAAGAUAAAAAGGCUUUUCAGAAUGGGAGAGAUCAUGGACUGAGAAGUAGAAUCCACAAUGUGGUGCCAUGUAGAGCAUAGAUGAUAAAUAAAUAUUUGUCAACAAGGUUUUUCUCAAGUUUUCAUAAGUUAAAAUGAGGCACUUCUUGUCUAGAAAGUAUCUGCAGCUUAUGUAUCAUGAAUGUAUGUUUGUUUUGCGAAACUACUGUCAUAUUUCUCUGCCUACCAACAAGAACUAGAUGAUCUUAAAUAUUCCUUUGUGAAGAAUAUGGAUAUAUAACUUUUGGUCUUCUACCCCUUGUUUUCCUCACAUAUAUCUGUCCUGUAAAAUUAUAUAACAAUGAAAUAUUGAUUAAUAUGAUAAUCAUUGUCUCUUUACCCCCUCUCCAAAAAAACCCUUGUACUUCGUAUGUUUUUUUAUAUUUAUUUACCUAUGUGCUAGCUUUUCUCCAAUAGAAUGUAAGCUUUCUGAAGAAGUCAAUUUUGUCUUCCUGUUCCUAACACAGAACCUAAUAAAUAGUAUGUGUUUAAUAAA